AUGGCUCUCAGGCCAAUUGGCUGGAUAUGUGGGGAGCUGGUUAGGAAAUUUGCCGGACAAGCCGAGAUAAUACAGAGAGCCUUCUUGGAAAUUAUAGAUGAGAUUAGGGAUGAAUUUCCAAACUUAUUGAGACUGACAAGUUCAAACCAGCAAAGCAAUCACCCUGUGCAGGAAUCUGGGUCCGUUAUUGCAAGGGUGUUCUCUUCAACUCAUGGAGCGAUCAUUAUGAAUGGACUAACUAAACUAUCCCGGUCUUCAAAAUCAAUGGCUAAAUUCUUGAAGCCACAAGUUGCUAAAAAAAUUGCAGAGCUAAGUACAGUAUCACAUCGUCUUUUGAAAAACCUGAACAUUCCCAAACAACCUCUGUAUGGAAUGAAGGACAAAACAAUAUUCUUUUAUGAUAUCAUUUCCUAUCCGGCGAAGACCGCUCUCACUGGUGUAAUGUGUGUUUCGUAUGCAGCACUAAUUUAUCUGGCAGUCUCCAUCAACAAAAUGCUAGAAAAAAUAAAAGACCUCAUUCAAACAGAAAGUGCUUCCAGAGAACACAGCAGCAAUGACAUUGAUGCAGAUGGAUUUUCUAGUGCCAAUGAUGUUGCACAGCACUCCGCAACCUCUCCCCAAGUAUCUUCAGAAUUUUCUGUGCAGACACCACCAAAUAGUGGAAGCAUCCAUACACUGCUGGCAGCCAUGGAUCAAGAAAUUGAACAGUAA